UAUGCCCCUAAAAAUCGGCCUGUAAUAUCUCCAUUUUCUGAGUAGGGAGUGGCUGUAGUAAUCACACUCUUGAUGGAAUGCACCUGGCAUCGUACGACCGUGAAUAAUUUUUUAAACCAUUUUUUGCUUGUUUUUUUGGCUUGUGCCCCAUGUGAACAGCAGUGAGAGUUUCACUGUAGCUUAUUUUUGUCCAUUGUUUUCCCCUCUUGAUGUGCUGUAAGCCGGCCACCUGCGCACACCGCACCAAUUCAUGCAACGAUAGCGUGCGUGCGUGGGCGGUUUGCAAAGUUAGCAUGUGUGUGGUGACGAAACGCAACAGGACGGCUCGUCAGUUCCUUUCUCUUGUGGCUUGUAAUGCCUAAAGUGCACUACAGUGACCGAAUUCAGCUGGAUUCAGUGAAUGAGAUAAUAGCAUGGCCAUCGUCUGAUAAUCUGAUGGCUAACCUCCUUAUAAAGUUUCUGAUGUAGGAUUUUAGCCAGCGCAGGGGGACACACUGCUUACUUUUUGCCACUCAAUUACAGUAUUAUAGUACCAAAUAAUAUAGGUGUCAUGUGUAGAAUAAUGUGCCAGUCUCACUCCACUCGCCUUUAAAAGAUUUUUAAGUUAAAAGCCCUGUGCUUUAUGCCAUGUACGUACUUAGUGAUAUUAGUGCAGGUCGUAGGAAAAUUAUCGUGUUUGUUGUUUGUUUCUGCCACACAGAGACUCCCCCUCCAGCGUACUCCCCUGUCUCACCUACUCCCUCUGAUCCCUCCAUGGUUGGCAGUCCAGCCCCGAGCAGCAUUGCAGACCACCAGGCCAUCUCUCCCCCAUCUUCAGAAACCAUGAUCCUAUCCCCCAGCAUGGUGCCCAUCAAUUACCAGGAGCCUCCGUAUUGGUGCUCCGUAACCUACUACGAGCUGAAUCAGCGAGUCGGUGAGGCUUUCCAGGCCACCCGGACAGACGUCGUCGUCGACGGAUUCACAGAUCCCUCCACGACCUCGGAUCGGUUCUGUCUCGGGCUCCUCUCAAACGUGAACCGGAACUCGACGAUCGAGAACGUCCGACGACAUAUUGGGAAGGGCGUCCACCUGUUUUACGUCGGGGGCGAGGUGUUUGCCGAGUGCCUGAGCGACUAUGCAAUCUUUAUCCAGAGUCGCCAGUGCAACCACUCCCACACCUUUCAUCCUACCACCGUCUGUAAGAUACCGCCCAACUGCAGUCUCAAGAUUUUCAACAACCAAGAAUUUGCGCAGCUACUGGCCCAGUCCGUGCACAACGGAUUCGAAGCGGUGUACGAACUGACCAAAAUGUGCACGAUUCGUAUGAGCUUCGUGAAGGGAUGGGGUGCUGAGUACCAUCGGCAAGACGUCACUAGUACCCCAUGCUGGAUAGAAAUUCAUCUCCAUGGGCCUCUCAUGUGGCAGGAUAAAGUCCUCUGCCAAAUGCGCCCGACCAGUGACAUCAAUUCAAUGUCAUAGAAGAAUUUCUCUGUCUCUAUGCACAAACACACUUUCUAUUUAGUGCCCGCUAUGUCUGCCUCGCCAUGAAACACCCAACUGUAUGUAUUGGUUAUGCUGUCAGUAUGCGCGCACACAUUUUGUGUUAUUCUGCUGUAAAGUGUAAUAGUUGGGAACAUUAGUGUAUCGUCAAUUUUGUACUAUUGUUCGUGUGUACUGCUGUAUAAAUCACUAUAAUCUACGCAUGC